GCGGAAGUUGAAGAAAUCAUUCCCAUCUUUGGUUUAUAUCAAAGUCAAAGAAAUUGCAAACUGUGAGCUGGUUUGCAGUUGUGAACAAAAUACUAUGUUUGUUGCCCCUGAAUCGACAGAGGAAUCUAGUGACGAAGAUGAAGUACGUGCUAUGGGAAAUUUAGAACCCAACGACCAGCGACAAUUAUUCCUCUCGUCCCAAAUUGUGAAGAAAGCUAUUGAGAUGUCUCCACGAUUAAAUGUUCCAAACCCCCCGUUAGCUUCCGAUCUCACAGAAGAUGCUGCACAAAAAAUUGUGCCAAUUGAACUGUUCAAUUUCUUGGCUUGGAUAACUGGUGUAUGCUGUGAACCAGUUUCUGCUAGUGAAAAAAAAUUGGUAGAGCUUGACAACGACACCGAACGUCAAAAGAUUUUGUCCAUCUGUCAGGACAUUAUCUACCUUAAGUCCAAAGGAAGAAGAAUCGUACCGAAGCAUCUUAUUCUUGGCCUUACAAUUCGACAUCUUACGGGCAGUUCAAAGUUAAUUGACAUUGUAUCAGGACUGGGGCAUUGUAUAUCCCCAAAGGCAGUCAUUGAUUACGACUCAGAUCUUGCCAGAUACCGUGCACAGCAAAGCAGUGUUAUACCACGUGGUUUUAGUGGGUCAUUUACGACAUGUGUAUUUGACAACAAUGACAUAAACGAAGAAACACUGAGUGGAAAAGGAACAACACAUUGCACCACUGGUAUAGUUAUUCAACGGAUGUCCGAAGCUUCUGUACUAGAUGAUGAAAAUCGUCACGGAAUUUCCAAGUCAAGAGGGAAACGAGUAGAGGUGUCAAGUACAGAAAUAGAGCCAUUCGUCUUAAAGAAAAAGCUGAGUCUGUCUACAAGAUUUGAAGUUACUGACAUAGAUGAGAGUAGACCUGUUGGUUUUGAUAACAUUUGCUACGUUCUAGCAAAAUUUCGCUGUGAUGAAGAGGAAGAAACACCUUUACCGUCAUGGAGUGGAUUUUUUACACAGCUCACAACGCAGGUUCCUGAGAAAAGUCGUAUUGGCUAUCUUCCAAUUAUUGAUGGCAGUCCCACGGAUCUUGGCGUCGUCAACGCUGUCCUCUCCCAAAGCAUAGACAUAGCAGACAAACUGAACCAAAAUUCCAUGGUUGUUGUCAUGGAUGAAGCUGUUUAUGCUAAAGCACAGUGGAUCCGUUGGACCAAAGGCAUGUUUCAGAGUCGAAUAGUACUACGCCUUGGUGAAUUCCAUGUCAUUAUGAGCUUUCUCGGAGUGAUUGGCAAACGAUUUCAAGACGGUGGUUUACGCGAUAUUCUCAUUGAAAGCAAUAUCAUCGCAAAAGGAUCUGUCAACGGUGUAUUGUCAGGAAAACACUACAACCGUAGUAUCAGAUCAAUGAAAAUCAUCUAUGAGGCAAUAUACCGUCUCGUUAUCACUGCCUUUUUAGAUUCCAUGUCCGUUGAUGAGAGAAAUUGUUUGGAACAUGUAGUACACGAUAUGAAGGCAGCUUUUAGUAAUGGAACAUUUACUGAAUUUGUAAAGAGUGAUGAUGUCCAAAAUUUCGUGAGAAAGUUACAUGAAUUUACCAGUGAAAGAGGGGGGUCAAAUCCAACCUUUGGUUAUUGGUUAAGUUUCCUUGAAAUGGUAGAUAUACUACUGGAAUUCGUAAGGGCAACUAGAGUGGGUGAUUGGUCCUUGCAUCUCAGCUCGGUUCGACGCAUGUUACCCUGGAUAUUUGCGUACGACCGCGUUCACUAUUCUCGUUACCUACCAAUAUACUGGUUAGAAAUGCUAAACCUGCCAACCAGUAAUCCAGAUAUUCAUGAGCAAAUGGUUGCUGGAAAUUUUGCAACCCAACGCACGUCUCAGCCAUUCAGUCAGACUCCAAUGGAUCAAACUCUCGAGCAGACACUAAAUAAGAAUUCCAAAACUAAAGGCGGUGUUAUUGGAUUCUCAAUUAACAAAUCUGCUGUCCACCGAUGGAUUAAAAGUUUUUCUGAUAGAGCAGAGAUUCAAUCUGUAUGUGAGAGUAUGGCUGGUCGCGGUAAUUGUACACGUCAGAGAAAGGAAAUGGAUAUCACACGGAGGCUAAAGGAUGAGAAAGCUGUAAAGAGUGUGAUCAAUACCAUAGAAGCAAUGACAAACCCAGUUUCCAUCGAGGAUGACGAGUUGGUCAACAUUGUUUCUGGCGCAAUUGCAUCACCGGAGGUCAAACACGAUAUUGCACGAGCCAAAACUGCUGGAGAGGAACAAUGCGCUGAGUACAUAGAUCUACGUCUGAAGAAAAAGGAGCUGGAUGUUUUUAACACAAUCAAAGCACUCAAACUAAAAACGUUCUCAUUAACGAGUAAGACGGUUAAGGCAAAAUCGGAAAAGGCGGUGUUACAAACCACAGCGAGGGAUCUUGCUCGAGUUCUGAUAGUCGCGAAGUUUAAUAACUUGGACUUCAAGUACGUGCUUUCUUAUCCUUUGUGUCCAGUACCAUUGUCGCUUGCCAACUAUGACGGAACGUUAGCCAAGACUGACAAGUCUGCUAUUGGUCGUCACCUAGAGAGCAAUGUUGAAGACGUAAGCAAUUCGAAUCGUUCUACUGCGUGGAUAAUUGAUGCCAUGGCUCUAAUUCAACGUCUGAAGAACAUUCCCAACACAUUCGAUGCAUUAUCCGCGGAAGUACUGAAGAGUGUGAUAGCUACAGCUACUCGACAUCGUUGCACCAGGGUCGAUUUUGUUACUGACCAAUAUCCAGAUUCAAGUAUUAAGGGUGCUGAGAGAGAGAGGCGAAAGGGAAAGGAUGCUUCUGUUAUCCGUUUAAAUGUUGACCAUGGUUCAAAGAAGACCCCAAAGCAAUUCAAGAAAUUCCUCUCGGUGGGGAAAAACAAGGAAAGCUUAAUCGAAUUUUUCUUUGAACAUUGGAAGACAGUCGAUCCAAGUUUUCUUCAAGGGGUUGAGUUGUACUUCGCCCAUGCCUGUCAGUGUCACAAGUUUAAGGCGUCAGCAACGGUCUUGACGGUUGAAUCCGUAGAUGCCUUGUUUUCCGAUCACGAAGAAGCUGACACGAGGAUGGGAUUGCAUGCUUUGCACGCCUUUCAACAACACAAAGAAGUUACGAUCCAGUCAGAUGACACAGAUGUACUUAUCAUUUGCAUAGGUCUCUAUAAACUUUUUCCUGGUAAACUGUUUAUUCAACGCGGUCCAGCAGCAAAGUUGAGAACAGUGGAUAUCGAAUCGGUAGUCAGCACUUUAAAAGAUGGGGUGGCAGAAGCUCUGCUGGGAUUACAUCCAUUCACUGGUUGUGACAGCGUCAGCUGCUGGAAAGGAAAGGGAAAAGUUACCCCAUAUGAACUUAUGAUCAGCAACCCGUCAUACAUCUCCGCUUUUACCAAGCUUGGACAGGAAUGGUCUAUUUCAAAUCUUCAAAUGGAUGUUCUAGAGCAGUUUCUCUGCCAGCUGUACAACCGUCAGAGUGUUCUACCUUCGUUGCUAGAAGUUCGACUUAGAAUUUUCAUGGAAAAAUUCUGUUUGGACUCCAGGCUACCCCCGAUCAUGGAUGAAGUCACCCAGCAUACAAAGAGGGCAAAUUACCAGGCUGCCAUACUACGGAGAUCAUUGGAAGCGGUGAUAAAUGCUCCAAGUCCUAUUGGCCAUGGCUGGAGUGCCUCUGACGGUGAAUCCCAACUAACAGUUCAGUGGAUGACCGUUGCCGUAGCUCCCCCAGAGCUACUUGAGCAAAUUUACUGCUCAUGUCGCAAGACAAAAUGCUCUACCCGAUUGUGUUCGUGUUUUUCUCGAAACAUGCGAUGUGGGCCUCUUUGUAAAUGCACUGGGUGCGAGAAUGGUGAAGAAGUCCCUUCGGACCUUGUGACAGAUGUUGUCGACGACAUUCUAAAUGGUGAUGACAGUGAUUCCGACUUUGACGCUUGAAUUUCUUUUUAAUAAAAGGUUUUGCCGAUUGGCUUUGACGCUUGCGUUUCUUUUUAUAAAACUAAAAAUCACAUUAUGAUUGCAUGCAAUUGCAUAAUUUAUCGCCACGUCCGUGAGUUUGUAAUUUUGAAAUAUACCGUUAAAAUGUGCAUCUUUUGGUGGUCAUAUGACAAAUAGCUUAUAAGCGGCAUGGACUCAUGGCGGCCAUGUUGGUGUGCCAAAGUGUAAUUCGUAUGUAAACUGUUCUCAUUGUUUUGAUUGAAACACACGCAUAAGCUAAUAAUUUGGGGAAAAGGGUCUAUUUUCUUGAACAGAGAAGCUCAGAUAACGUUAAUUAAUUCCUAAUUAAUACUAAUUAAUAGAGAGACAAUAACACCGAAAACAUUGUAUUUUCUGAUUGCACUAAUACAUAUGUAUAAGUGUCUGUAAUCAAUUCUUAGUCCAAUCUUUGAGGACUUCAUGUCAAAAUCUAAGCGCCCUACAA